UAUCGAUCAAACUACUUUAGCAUUCAUUCCUCACCACACCAAAACAAAUAAUUUUUGGGUGCAAUGGCAGCAACGAGUCAAUAUACCGAUUAUGUGAUUCAAACAAAUAUUUUGAAGUCUUUAGAGGUUCUUGAAGAUAAAGCUAGGAAGGAAUGGCACGAUAAGUGGGGAUUUUACUUGGAUUUUCCUAAGAUAAUCCUUGAAGAAGCUUCCAAAUUGGGGUACAGCGAAAAACAGUACAGAAAAAUUACUCGCAGAGGAAAGAAUAUGAAAAUGAAUUAUUUGGAAGACGUAAUAAUUUCUGCAGAGGCUACUGAUGCUGUACCUACAACGUCAUCAGCUUUUGUUGGCUGGAGAGGCAACCAAAAAUAUUCUUUAGAAAAGUUUGGACCUUUGUAUGUCAGUCCGAAACAUACUCUUCCGUAUGAGCCACCGUACUAUUGCAUCAAGCUUGGAUAAUCUGAUUGUAUGGGCUCCCAAACAAAAAUUUUUAAAUGUAAAAUAAAAACGUUUAAAACUAACAGUAUUUCAGUAAUUGAUUAGCAAGUUUAAGGACAUAAUAAAAAUAUAAUAAAUAAUAGUCACCUAAA